AUGAGCCAAAUAUUGGCAACAACGACAAAUAAUCGAAAAAAGAACGCCGAUGGAGAAUCAACAACAAGUCCACCUGUAUUUCAAUCGAAUUUAUCGUGUGUUCUAAAUGAUCCGAAAAAAAGUCGAGCAGAAAUUUCCACAUUUUUCACCAAAACAUGGGGAAAUUCUUUUGUUGAUCGUACACCCGAUUCUCUCGCACGUCUCGGUGAUUACACUCUCAAUGAUUUCGAAACAUAUUUUAUCAGUCUACGCAAAAGUGAAAAGUACGGUCGACCACGUUUUGUUGGUCAACAACAAUCAACAAAUGAAACACAUCCAAUUGAAAAAUCAAGUCCGAUCACAAACAUUCCACAAUUAUUUCUUUCAUCACAAUUUACAUUAAAUGAUUCAUCAACAUUUAAUUUAGUUUUUCCAGGAAUAAUUCCAACAAAUCGUUCGUUAUCUCCAAUUCAAUUUGAUCAACAACAAAAAUCGCGAACAACAUCAACAAGUUCAGAAAAAUCCGAAGGAAAUCAUCGACGACAAUCGACUUCAUCUAAUACAAACAAAACAACUUCCAAUGGAACAGUGAGUGUUCCAAACUCUUCUCCCAAACAUUCAAUUAGUUCUUCAACACGUUUGUUACAAGAUAAAUAUACUCAUUAUUUAGAUGAAGUAGAAUUAUUAAUUAGUCGAGCAUUAUCAACAAAAUCUCAUUGUUUUCAUGAUGCUGUUCGUUCUCAUGAUGAAAUUCAAUCAUUUUUAAUGACAACACGUCAGGCGAUUUUGUCACUUCGUGAACAAUUAUCGACCUAUGACUCUCAAUCUUUGUUAACUCUUCUUCGACUUUCACGUUUACUUCGUCAAAGACAAAAUCAACGUGAACUUCUCAAGCGUUUAGAAUCUUUGUCCAUUGUUAAACAAACACAUCUUCAAGUUCAAUCUUUAUUAUCAACGAGGGAUUUUCUAUCGGCGUUAGAUUUAAUUGAUCAAACAAGAGAGAUUAUUUCAACACAAUUAAAUGAUCUUUCUUCAUUAAGAUUUUAUGAUUCACAACUAAAAGAACUUUAUCAAUUGAAUAUCAAUUUAAUGAGACAAGAAUUUGGACAAACUUUAAAUCAUUUAUUAAUUAAUCAACAAAGUUUAUUGACAGAUGUUUCAACAACAAAUGAAUAUGUUGAAGAUGAUAAAUUUAUAACAAUUUUGAUUGGUUUAAUACGAGUUAAAGAUGAAAAAUAUGUCGAUGAAAUUCGAUCGAAAUUUGAAUCUUACAUUGUUGAAAUUAUUGAGAAAUCUUUACAAAUCAGUUCGAAAGAUGUUCAUCCAAAUAAAUCAACAAAUAAAACGAACAGUGAACAAACAAAUUCCAAUGAAGAAAAAGCAUCUUCGUCAUUGAACACACGUUAUGUUUAUCCUUCGUCAAUCAAUAGUCAUUCAAGUUCAUUUCCAUUAUGGUAUCGAUCGAUGACAAAUGUAUUCACAUCAACUGAACAAGGUUUUCGUCGUUUAUCGAAUGUUAAUCAUUUGAUAAUUGAAUCACUUUCAAAACAUCAACAAAAUUUCAAUUUGUCUCUCUUGACAAAUCUUUUUGAUUCAAUUGAAGAUCGUUUAAUUCAUAUUUUAAAUCAGGAAUGUUCACGUUAUCAAGUUCAAUUCGAACGAUUAUCAUUGGAUGAAUAUGCACAAAUGGUUAAAUUAGUCGAACAAUUUAUUGAAAAUAUCAAUGAAUAUGAAAAGAAAUAUUCAUCACUUCCUUUGAAAAGUUUCUUACAAAUUCAAACAAGUAAAUUUCUCAAUUAUUUUCACGACGAACGAAAACAACGGGUUUCGGAUACGUUGGAUAAUGAACAAUGGAAACAGGUGGCCGUUCCUCGUUCAAUUCAAAAUUCGAUUGAUGAAUUAUUUUCUCAAACAACCUCCAAUACAUCUGAUACGUUGAUAAUCAACAAUGAACAAUUUGUAUUAACAUAUAGUGCUCUUCAUUUGUUUAUGUUAGUACUUGAUUAUUGUUCAUGUGCUCAAUUAUUAGCAUCGUCAUCGAUCAAUGAUGUUCAACAUCGUCUUAUUGAAUUACUUAAUAUAUUCAAUUCGAAAACGUGUCAAUUAGUUUUAGGUGCUGGUGCUGUAAGAUUAGGAAAAAUUCGAACAAUUUCAGCUAAGAUUCUUGCCAUUACAUGUCGAUGUUUACAAUUUGUGAAAAUAACUUUACCAAAGAUCAAAUCACGAUUUGAUCAACUAUUAGUUUUAUCUGAAAAUUCUUCAAGCAUUUCUUCCAUUUCGUCGAACAGACAAUUCGAACAAUUCACUAAAUUAUACUCGGAGCAUAUCGAUGAAAUUCAUAGUAAACUAAUAACCAUUAUCGAAAGUACAUUUGGUGAUACGUUAUCAACAUAUGAAGUUCGUGCUCCAGUUCCAAGUGAUUGUUUUCGCACACUUGUGACUCGUCAUAUUAUGGCAUUUUACAACGCUGUAGCGCGAAUUGUAUCACCAAGUGACCUGAUUUUACUUUUUACACGUCUUAAUUCAAUAUUUAAACAAUUAUUAGCAAAACGUUUACGUCAAUUGAAAAUUGCUAAUGAUGGAGGACCACAACACGGUCUUUUAACAAGUGAUCUACUGUAUUAUAUGAAUCAAGUACAAAAUUUAUCUGGACUUGAAAUGUUAGAAUUCCAUGUCGAUGAAAUUUGGACUGCUAAUUAA